ACAACAUCGCAUCGGCUCUUGGAUCUAACGAUCUGUCAUUUGAUUCUCAGUCAGAGUUUAAAGUCAUGACUUAGAUUUUCACCCCGCAGUACGUCUCGAACCGACAAGGCUUUUUAAGAGCUGAGAAUGUUUCGCCGAUGGUCUUCGAACUUUCUCUUCACGGAAGUACCUGCAUCCUACACUACACGUACGAAUGAAGUCAAAGCUCUGAAUGAAGGAAGCGAGUAUUGUUUGCGUCUCUGUGUAUUAAACCCUUGAUAUACUCUUAGCGUCAUGGAUUUAGCGAGUGAUUUACUUCCAUCAGUUGGUGCUGACGGGCUGUGCUGUGAAGGAGUAGUGCGGUGACCUUUAGCUGCCUUGCCACCUUUUUCUCCUAUCCUACCGGCUCUGUGCUGUUCAGCGGAUCCCAAUGCAAAGUUCAUAUCUCUCUGCUGCUCAAGCUGAGCACUAACUUGGUGUUUGGCUGAAAACUAUCUCGAAGACUCAUUUGUCAGUAUUGGUGGAAAAUUCAAAGGAACCAUGGCAAAGUCUGGAUAUGGCUACUACAGGACCACUAUUUUUCUUGCCAUGUUUGUGGGCUACACAUUGUAUUACUUCAACAGGAAGACGUUUUCGUUUGUGAUGCCUUCCCUAAUGCAAGAGAUCACGCUGGACAAGGAUGACUUGGGUCUUAUCACCAGCAGCCAGUCACUGGCCUAUGCUAUCAGCAAGUUCAUUAGUGGGGUGCUCUCUGAUCAGAUAAGCGCAAGAUGGCUUUUUUCCAUUGGCCUCUUUAUGGUGGGUGGCAUCAACGUGCUGUUCUCCUGGUCCUCUACUGUGGCUGUGUUCUCUGCCCUCUGGUUUCUGAAUGGCCUCGGCCAGGGCCUGGGGUGGCCCCCAUGUGGGAAAGUACUGCGCAAGUGGUUCGAGCCAUCUCAGUUUGGAACCUGGUGGUCAGUGCUGUCCUGCAGUAUGAAUCUUGCUGGUGGACUGGGCCCAAUCAUUGCCACCCUCCUGGCUCAGAGCUACAGCUGGAGAUCAACACUGUCCACCUCUGGCCUGAUCUGUGUGGUCAUGUCCAUCUUCUGCCUGCUGGUGAUCCGUAAUGAGCCUAGCGAUGUCGGUCUGCCUAAUAUUGAAGCUAGUGCAAAGAAGAAGGGCAAAGCAGGAUCCAGUAAGGAUGAGAGCACGCUGAAAGAGUUCCUCCUGUCCCCAUAUCUGUGGUUGCUGUCGCUAGGCUACCUGGUAGUAUUUGGAGUGAAGACCACAUGCACUGACUGGGGGCAGCUGUUCCUCAUCCAAGACAAGGGCCAGUCAGCACUCAUGGGCAGCUCUUACAUGAGUGCCCUGGAGAUCGGGGGGCUGGUGGGCAGUUUAGCAGCCGGAUAUCUGUCUGACAGAGCUGUGGCACGGCAAGGACUGCGUGUGUAUGGUAACCCCCGUCAUGGCCUCCUGCUGUCGAUGAUGGCAGGGAUGUGCGUCUCCAUGUACCUCUUCCGCACCACUGUUACUCAGGAAAGCUCAAAUGUUUGGAUUCUCUCUCUUGGUGCUGCUUUUGGCUUCUCCUCUUAUGGACCAAUUGCUCUCUUUGGUGUCAUUGCCAACGAGAGCGCCCCCUCUAACUACUGUGGGACUUCACAUGCUAUUGUUGCCUUGAUGGCAAAUGUUGGAGGUUUCCUUUCUGGGUUACCAUUCAGCACCAUUGCAAAACACCAUGGCUGGGACACAGCAUUCUGGGUAGCUGAGGUGACCUGUGUUGUCACAACCAUUGGCUUCUUUCUCUUCCGUAACAUCCAAACCAAGAUGGGACGCACACUGAAGAAGACUGAUUAAGAAGCUUUUUUAGGUUUUUACAAGCACAAAGAGAGAUUUUUGAACAAAAAAGUGGGGCCUUUUUAUUUUCUACACUCUCAGAAAAAAAGGUAGUAAACUGUCACUGGGGCAGUAUCCCUCUUGUCACUGGGGUGGGAUCCUCAAGGGUACAUCUCUGUACCUUUAGUCAGGGAGCAUAAUUGUAUCAUAAUCCAUUGAAAUUAUAUUUUAUAAGUUGUAUUGACUCCCCACACCCCGUCUCGUCUCCAGGCUUUUUAUUUUAUUGUUCUGUUUUAAAACAGUAAGUUAUGAAAAGGUACAAAUAAGUACUUUUCACCUGGGAAAAAUUUAUUUAAGGUACACAAUCAGAGCUUAAAACCACUGUUGUACCUUUGAGGGUACAUUUACAUUGUUUGUAUCUUGUACCUGCACAGUACCUUUAUUUCUAACAGUGUAUGAAGCUGCAGUUUGGGCUAUAUUUCCUCUAUAAUGCAUUGACAGAACCUCAAGAAACUUGUUUUGAAGCUCUAGUUGCCACUGUGAACAUCUGAACCAAGAGCCUUCUUUUACACAAGGUAGUAAAAUUUCCCAAAAGCUUGUCAGCACUGAAAGCACCAUGUGUUACAUGUGGUAUACAGUGUCUUCAAAACACUAUCUGUUAAGGUGAUCUUAAGGCUAUGAUGCUUUUGGUAAACUCAUCCUAGUUUGAGGCAUCUAAAAGUAAAAAAAAAAGUUGUCUUCAAGAAUAAAUCAAAGCUGUCCGAUCAAAACUUCCUAACCUCCUUUUUAUUGUUUUGCUUUUUUGCUUAGUUUUUUUUAUACCAUUUGAAAAUGCCAGUUGCUCUUUACAUUGUGUGAACAUUUCAGACCAAUAGAAAUGGUCCACAGUUACUUGGAAAGUCUGGUUACAUUAACUUCAAAUAAAAUUAAGAACACUGAGCCUCAUUUAUCAACAUCAUCCUAAAUUUUUUCUUUGUUGUUAAAAUUCGUCCUGAGAAAAGGUCUACCUCAGAUUCAUGACGCGUUCUUAGUCUGCAGGAUUGUUUGCACCUUUGUGCUCAAGUGUGUAGAUUCUGUUCUUACCUAAGAACAAAUCCCAAAUAAGAAAACAUUGGUGAAUGUCAGAAUCUUUGUGAAAACUGCAUCAUUGGGUUUUAAGAAGAAAUUUCUUCUUGAGAACGGUUGGUGAAUGAGGCCCAUUAUGUCCUUCUCCUGUAAAGUUACCAAGUCAGAAUACAAGGUUUUGUCACAACAGCAAUGCAAAUAGUUGAGUGCCAAUGCUUGAAUACCCCUAGUCAAAUUACAUAUUCUAUGGAUUUUUUUAGGUGAAAAUAAGACAAAACAUCCUCUACAGGCAACAAGCUUAGGUUUGUAAUUUUUCUGCAGAUUUAGGUGCGCAAUAUCUGUUUAUUUGCUGAGAAAAAAAAUAAAACAUAAAAUUUCCCAUAACCUUUGCACAGGUCACAUUUAUAUUUUUUGUUCCCCAAUAUGUGAGAUUUACAGUAAUUGUGCAUUACAUGUGCAGAGGUGUGUUCUCUGUAGAGGAUGUGUUAACUUAUAUCCACAUAGAAUUUCAAUAAAACAUGUAGUUUGACCACGGGUGCCCAGACUUUUGCCUACAACUGUACGUAAACAUGUUAAGUUUAUGUGAUGCACAGGAUGUAGCUUUAAUGAGUUUUAAGUACAUGCCUUUACGUUAAUUUUUAAGGAUGUUUAAUUAAUACACUGUAUGAUCUGUAUCUACUCCAAUUCCUUUUUCUGAAGAUUGUCUUAGUUGUACAAAUGUCAUUCUUUUCUGCUUUUAUGGUGAAUGCUGUAUGAUCCAUGCAAUACGAUUUGUUGCAACAAUGUACAGUUAUUGCAAAGAUGUAUGAAUUUGAUUUAAAGCAUCCCCACUACUGAUAUACACGAUAAGCCUUUUUUUAGUACGGGAACACUAAAGAACAUCACAAUUGUAAUACAUGGUAUUCAUCAUCUAUUUUACGUUCAGGUAAAUAGAGAUUUAACUCCAA